AUCAUGAUCCACAGAGAUUCCUGACUAACCUCAUCCAUCACCACAGAAACAAGGAGGAGCUGAAAGCUGGCCCUUGGUGCAGUCCCACCUCCACCUGGACUCCUCUGUCAUCUAUUGUUCUCAUUCCUCAUCAUCCUCUCACUCUCCAAGAUCUUGUUAAACAGUCAGAAACUCUGCAGCCAUGUCUCCUAAACUCUUCCAAACCUCCACAGUUCAGCAUCACUGCUGCUCACCGGGACUUUUGAACAGAACCUUCUCCAGCCCAGCUGAACCUCGGCUCAUCACGGAGCUCCGAUUCCACCACGGUGACGGGAAACCUCGACAACAGGUGAGCCAUGAUCAGACUGACCCUGCUGACGUCUCUCAGUCUCAGCCUCGUCUCAGCAGCGUUUGACUACAUUUCUGAGGCGCACUCCUUCAUGGAUCCGGAAGAUGUCCUUAGUGUGGACAUCCCUCUGGAGGAGCCGCAGCGCCCCCUGCUGGGAUCUUCACUGGUACUGCCAUGCUUCUUUCAGGAUCAUACUGUUCCUGACCCCGGAGCCCCCGUCAUUCCACCCCUGUCUCAUCGCAUCAAGUGGAGCUUCGUCACCAAGAAGAAUGUCUCCACCGUCUUGGUGGCUUUGGGGGGGCAGGUGCGCAUCGGCAAAGGUUAUCUGGACCGAGUUCAGCUGCUGAACUACCCCCAGACUCCAGAGGACGCCAGCAUCCGGAUAUCUGAGCUGCGCUCCAGCGACACAGGCGUGUACAGCUGUGAGGUGCAGCUCGGUAUCGAAGACGACCACGACUUUGUACAAGUCUACGUCACAGGUGUUGUCUUUCAUUACCGUUCUUUCAUGGGUCGCUACGCACUAACUUUCGAGGAGGCAAAGACGACCUGCUCCCAGAACAGUGCAGCCAUAGCCUCACCCGAGCAGCUCCAGGCGGCCUACGAUGACGGUUUCCACCAGUGUGAUGCCGGCUGGAUCUCUGACCAAACAGUCAGAUAUCCAAUCCACGAUGUUCGAGUAAACUGUUUUGGUGACAAAGAAGACCUGCCUGGUGUGAGGAAUUAUGGAGUCAGGGACCCCAGAGAGAAGUAUGAUGUGUACUGCUUCGCUGAGAAGAUGACGGGCAGAGUUUUCUUCACCACCUCUGUGGAAAAGUUCACUGUCUCCGAGGCUGCACUGGCCUGCUCCCGUCACGGGGCCCAGUUAGCCACCACAGGUCAGCUCUACAUCGCCUGGCAGGGGGGCAUGGACGUUUGUAACACUGGCUGGCUUGCAGACCUGAGUGUCCGCUAUCCCAUUAAUGUCCGCCGGCCGCAGUGUGGAGGUGGUCUGCUGGGGGUGCGAACAGUUUAUCUUCAUCCCAAUCAGACGGGUUUUCCUCUGCCUGAGUCCAGACAUGGUGCCUUCUGCUACGCAGACUCUCCUGAUGACAAGAGUUUGAACUCCGGUUCAGGUUCAGGGGACGAAAGUGGCCCUUGGAGAGUUUCCACUGUGACCAAAGACCCACAGCUGUUGUUUAGCUGGGUGACUUCUGAGAGUGAGGUUGUUGGAGAGAUGGAGACUCAGGCCUCUUCUGCUCUAAAUGUGACCAACUUUGAGAAUCCCAAAAUGUUGGUGUCCCCAACCGUGAUCAUCACUGAGGCUAUGGAGGCCAUCAACCGACCUGGUGUGGGGAAGGAGCCAAACACGGGCUCCACGAUGCCCCCGGCUGGUGUGGUUUUUCAUUACCGCUCACAUACUGGACGAUACACCUUCAACUUCUCCGAGGCGCAGCUGGCCUGUCAGAGCGUCGGAGGCUCCAUCGCCUCCCCACAGCAGCUUCAGGCAGCGUAUGAGUCUGGAUACCACCAGUGCGAUGCUGGCUGGCUCCUGGACCAAACUGUGAGGUACUCCAUCGUAGUGCCUCGAGACAAGUGUGCUGGAGAUCUGGGAGAUCAGCCUGGAGUUCGCUCAUAUGGAAUGAGGCCAGCAGACGAGAGAUAUGAUGUCUACUGCUACAUUGAAGACCUCAGAGGAGAAGUGUUCCAUCUGGAAUCUGCUGACGGUCUUACUUAUGACCAGGCUGUUCUCAGCUGCCAGGAGCAUGGUGGCAUUCUGGCUUCCACAGGAGAGCUCUAUGCAGCCUGGAAAACAGGCUUUGACAAGUGUCGAGCAGGCUGGCUGCAGGAUGGCAGCGUUCGCUACCCCAUCAACAUCCCCCGAGCUCGAUGUGGUGGGGGGAAACAUGGAGUUCACACUGUUUACGCUCACCCGAACCAGACAGGUUUUCCUCCGCGUGAGGACAGAUAUGAUGCAUACUGCAUACGAAGUGAGCUUUUGGUCCAAAAAAACACUCUCUAUGAACAAUAUCAGCAUCAUCUUAUAAAUAAUAACUGUUGCACUUCCACAGUGAACAUUCUGCUGACGGCAAAUGAAACAGGACCGAACGCCACAGACAACCAUAACAAGCAGCUAAAUCACACGUCGGUAGCUGAUUCAUUCAGGCUUUCUCUCUCCUCCAUUGUUCCCUCUGUCUAUGUGGAGAUGUCUGGCUCUGGUUCAGGCGCAGAAAACACUGCCCCAGAGUUUGCAGGAGGAUGCAUUUUUAUGAAUCACUGUGGGGAGCUCUCUGGUUCUGAUUUUGGAGAUCAAAUAAUCUCUGGAGAUUACACUAGUUCUACAGAUCCACCUGGCGGUGUGGUCACAAACAGUUCAGGGUCAGGUCUAAGUGGAUCCAGAAUUACAGAUACAUCAGGAUCAAGUCUCAGUGAAUCUGACAACAUGGAUGGGUCAGGGGCGGGUCUAAGUGGAUCCAGCAACAUUAAUGGUUCAAGAUCUGGUUUUAAUGGAACCAACCAUGUAGAUAGUUUAGGAUCAGGCCUCAGUGGAUCUACCAGUAUGGAUGGUUUGGAAUCAGGUCUCAGUGGCUCUAACAGUACAGAUGAUACAGGAUCAGGUCUCGGUGGCUCUAACAGUACAGACUAUACAGGAUCAGGUCUCAGUGGAUCCAACAGUACAGACGAUACAGGAUCAGGUCUCAGUGGAUCCAACAUUACAAAUAAUUCAGGAUCACGUCUCAGUGGAUCAGACAGGACAGAUGAUCCAGGAUCAGGUCUCAGUGGAUCAACCCGAACAGAUGAUCCAGGAUCAGGUCUCCGUGGAUCCAACAUUACAGAUAAUUCAGGAUCAGGUCUCAGUGGAUCAGACAGGACAGAUGAUCCAGGAUCAGGUCUCAGUGGAUCAACCCGAACAGAUGAUCCAGGAUCAGGUCUCAGUGGAUCCAAGAUCACAGAAAACUCUGGGUCAAGUCACAGUGGAUUCAGCAGCAUUGAUGGUUCAGGUUCAGGUUUUAUUGGACCCAGUGGCGUGGACAAUUCAGGCUCAGGUCUCAGUGGAUUAAGCAGUGUUGAUAGCUCAGGUUUGGGUCUCAGUGGAUCCAACAGUACAGACGAUAAAGGAUCAGGUCUCAGUGGCUCUAACAGUACAGACUAUACAGGAUCAGGUCUCAGUGGCUCUAACAGUACAAAUGAUACAGGAUCAGGUCUCAGUGGAUCCAACAUUACAAAUAAUUCAGGAUCACGUCUCAGUGGAUCAGACAGGACAGAUGAUCCAGGAUCAGGUCUCAGUGGAUCAACCCGAACAGAUGAUCCAGGAUCAGGUCUCCGUGGAUCCAACAUUACAGAUAAUUCAGGAUCAGGUCUCAGUGGAUCAGACAGGACAGAUGAUCCAGGAUCAGGUCUCAGUGGAUCAACCCGAACAGAUGAUCCAGGAUCAGGUCUCAGUGGAUCCAACAUCACAGAAAACUCUGGGUCAAGUCACAGUGGAUUCAGCAGCAUUGAUGGUUCAGGUUCAGGUUUUAUUGGACCCAGUGGCGUGGACAAUUCAGGCUCAGGUCUCAGUGGAUUAAGCAGUGUUGAUAGCUCAGGUUUGGGUCUCGGUGGAUCCAGCACCAUUAUUGCUAUAGGAUCGGCUCUUAGUGGUUAUAGCAACUUCGAUGAUUCAGGGUCAGGUCUCAGUGGAUCCAGCAGUACCGAUGGUUUAGAAUCAGGUCUCAGUGGAUCUAGCAGUGCUGAUGGUUCUGGGUCAACUCUCAAUGGGGGAGGAUACAACAUCCCAGUUGUCUUGUCAAAACUGGAGAGCUUUGCUUUAGAAGGUGGCUCAGCUUUAUCACGUGAAGUUAAGGAAGGAAGACCAGCAAUCCUCUUCUUCCCCUCAUCCGUUGAAGGCUCUGGGGAGCCCAGUGGUAGUAGGAAUCUGUCCUGGUCCGGCCCUAAGACUGGUUUGGCUUCUGUAGACAGUGGAUUUUCUGUAGAAAGUUCUGGAGGGAGUAAAGCAUUAUCUGGCACAACAUCGGGUUUCAUUUUGCACCAGGACUUUUCUGGGUUCAAAGGAUUUACUUCAGGAUCUUUAUCUGGAAGUGGAAGUGGGCAGACACGUGAGUUUGAAGGCAGUGGAAACCCUCAGAUCUUCCUGAUACACGAUAAACUGAUGGAUGCAUCUGUAAACCAGAAGCAGCAUGAGCUUGGAGGUGGUCCACCAGUCCUUAGUGGUUCAGGAGAUUUUUCAGGAUCUGGGAUUCUAGGUGGGUCCUUCAGUGAUUCUGACCCUGAAAGUGUCUCUGUAUUGUCCUCUGAUGUGACCUCCAUAGGCUCAGGAAUUCCAGAAGUCAGUGUGUCUUCUGCUGCAGAGCACAAACAAGCCUCUGAGAUUUUGUUGCACAGCUCUGGACAGGGAGGUGAGAUUCAGCUGUCUGGACUUAGGGGCUCAACUUUUGUUUCUCAGUCUGUUUCUGGAUUUUCUCGAUCUGAUAUUCCAUCAAAUGAAGAUAAAGUAAAGAAUUUGUUUCUGAGAGAAGAUCCUAAUAGACAAAGAAAGUCUCGUGAACGUGGGUCAGAGGACCACAGUGGGGAUGGAAGUCAAAGUGGUAAUGGAGAUGCAAUAGCAACCACAGCCUUCUUUUUGGGAGAAACAUCAGGGCAUAAGCAAGCAGAAGCAACCACAAAACCAGAGAAGGUGACGGAGGUACCUGUGGAUGGGUCUGAACAUGUUCCAGCAGGACUGGAAGCUCGUCUCAUCACUGCUGAGCCUGCUUUCGAGGAGACCUCAAGGAUCACAGAAGACUUAGAUGUGUGCCACCCCAACCCCUGUGCCAACGGAGCCACGUGCGUGGAGAGCGCAGACUCUUUCAGAUGCUUAUGCCUGCCCAGCUAUGGAGGGGAGCGGUGCGAUGUGGAUGAGCAGCACUGUGCCGAAGGCUGGACCAAGUUUCAGGGGAACUGCUACCUGCACGUCUCUAAGCGAGAGACCUGGCCGGGGGCGGAGCAACACUGCAGAAGCCUGAACGCUCACCUCGUCAGCAUCAUCACACCUGAGGAGCAGCAGUUUGUCAACGCAAACGCAAAAGCCUACCAGUGGAUCGGCCUAAACGACAGAACUGUGGAGAACGACUUCCACUGGACCGACUGCACUCCCGUGCAAUACCAGAACUGGAAGCAGAACCAGCCGGACAACUACGGCUCUGGAGAAAACUGUGUGGUGAUGAUUUGGCUCAAGAACGGCCUGUGGAACGAUGAGCCCUGCCACUACCACCUGCCAUUCACUUGCAAAAAAGGCCCAGUUUCAUGCGGAGAACCCCCACAUGUGGUAAACGCUGUGAUGUUUGGGAGGAAAAGGCUGGAAUAUCCUGUCAGGUCCAUCGUGCGUUAUCAGUGCAACCCCGGGUUCAGGCAGCGGCACUCGCCAGUGAUCCGCUGUCAGGCAGACGGGCUCUGGGAGACACCGCGGGUGGAGUGUGUCGAUGCGAAGGCCCGGACAAGAGCAGGGGCUGGGAUUAUCAGGAGGCUCCCGUCAGCGACGCAAGGAACUGCUCGGUCUUCAUAAAGAGCACUGGAUGAACCCCAAAACUAUGGUCUUAUUCAAAAGAAACGACCCAAGGAAUGCACAAGCUGAAAGGUCUGCAUCACCCCGACAUGCGGGCAUGGACCGAAUCCCUCCCUCUAUAUAUAUUUGUAAUAGCUGUAUUGGUCCUGCAUGUUGAGCGUGCAGGUGGAGCUCUGCAUGCAGAGCUGCAGGUGUAACAUCCGUCCGUCUGACUGCAGGCACACACAAAUACAGAGACAGGAUCCUGGAUUUAUUUUGAGGACGAACUGAGCAAGAGAGACAAAGAAAAGCUUUCUUCCAUUCCUUCUUCUCAUCUCCUAACACUGAAGCAUUUACAGAAUCUUCCAGACAAAUGUGGGUGGGGGGCACUGUAAGCUGAUGUGCUGUAAAAGAGUGUGAUGGAAAGUGCAAGCAUCUGUGCACAAACGCUGAACAAUCAGAGGCCCCCCAUCCCUGAGCCUGGAUGACUGCUGACUCAACAAAAACCAUCUGAUAGCAGGUGGAAGCCAGAAAAUGUGAGCAUACUUUCAGUGGGACAGUUGCAGGGGUGAAGCUUGUUUCCGGACCUCCCAGCCUGAUGAUGGUGGUGGUGGUGUGUGUGUGUGUGUGUGUGGGGGGGGGGG